AUGAAAUUUUUCUUUCUUGUCUCUGACCAUGAUUGGUUGUAUUUUGGGUCUGAUGCGCCAAUCGAAAUAACAGUUACAUCGGUUGGGAGCGUAUUGGCGGGGCACAUUGAGUAUCGAUGCGAUUGUAUUGUAUUGAAUUCAUCUCAUCAACAUGACGGUUUCUUCUUAUUAACAAACACGUAUACACCAGCUAGUAACCAAUGGAAUGCUAAGUGUUUGGAUUAUUUAAAAUUCUCUCUCAAACUAUGGUUUCUCUAUACAAUAUGGACUCGAAUCCCGAUGCAUAACUCGUCUGCACAGCCAUUACCACCAUCGACCAAUUGGAUGAUGAAUCAGCACCAUUCAAAUUCACAUCUAAUGAUGCCACAUCAUUUACAAGCACCACAUUCACAAUAUUCUAAUGGCAUUCACGGGCCACAUUCAAAUUCUUCGAAAGACGAACCUUCAUCGCCUCUAUCAUCAUCUCCCGAUGGCACAACACCACCAACAUCUUCAUCCGCACUAACCCCGAACUCCCUUUCGACAAGUCACCACCACCAUCAUCAUCAUCAUAGUUCAUCAGCGAAAAAGUCAUUUGACGAUCGUGUCAAACGACCAAUGAAUGCAUUUAUGGUUUGGUCUCGCGGCCAACGACGGAAGAUGGCACAAGAAAAUCCCAAAAUGCAUAACUCAGCCAUAAGUCGAUGUUUAGGCGCCGAAUGGAAAAGUCUAAAUGAAGAAGAUAAACGACCUUUUAUCGAUGAAGCUAAACGGUUACGUGCAAUUCACAUGAAAGAACAUCCUGAUUAUAAAUACCGACCGAGACGUAAAACAAAAAAUUUACAGCAAACAGCGCCCAUACCCAAUACUCAUAAUUCAGUUGCAAUGAAUAAUCAUCGCUCACAACAGAAAAAAGACAAGACAAAUCAUUUACAUCUUCAGCAACAGCAACAUCUGCUAAAUUCAUCUUCAGCAAAUCUUCCACCACCAUUACCACCACGAGGAACAAGCUGGGCUUUACCAGGCAAUGUUAUUGCAUCAUCGUCAUCAUCUUCACCCUACUUAACAGAUUGUAAUCCGUCUUAUCCGAUGGCGGAUCCCAAUUCUCUCUAUUCACAUCCAUUUCCUUCAUCGACUAUGUAUCACUAUGGUCCACCCUCAAGUACAAGCUCUCAGACACCUCCACCCCCAGUUCAAUAUGGUUACACUAACAAUCAACCGUAUUUGUAUAUGAAGCCAGAACCUCUUUCUUCUCAACAACACUUUUAUUCGCCCAUACCACCUGUUCCACAUCAAGAUUACUCUCCGCCAGAUCCAUCGUCACCUGAACAGCAUAUGUAA